AUGGCGAAGCUGGAGACACUACCUGUGCGGGCUGACUCAGGGCGGGAUCCCCUCCUGGCCUUUGCCCCACGGCCCUCUGAGCUCGGACCCCCAGAUCCUCGUCUGGCCAUGGGCAGCGUGGGCAGUGGAGUGGCCCACACCCAGGAGUUCGCCAUGAAGAGCGUGGGCACCCGCACAGGGGGUGGGGGCAGCCAGGGCCCUCGAGCUGGAGGCAGUGGGGCCAGCAGGGAGAGGCCAGGCCGCUACCCGUCUGAGGACAAGGCUCUCGCCAACUCCCUCUACCUCAACGGCGAGCUGCGGGGCAGCGACCACACGGACGUCUGUGGCAACGUGGUGGGCAGCAGUGGUGGCAGCAGCAGCAGCAGCAGCAGUGACAAGGCCCCGCCACAGUAUCGCGAGCCCAGCCACCCACCUAAGCUCCUGGCCACCUCUGGCAAGCUAGACCAGUGCUCAGAGCCGCUGGUUCGGCCUUCCGCCUUCAAGCCUGUUGUACCCAAGAACUUCCACUCCAUGCAGAACUUGUGUCCCCCACAGACCAGCGGGACCCCUGAGGGACGACAGGGCCCUGGGGGCCUCAAGGGUGGACUGGACAAGUCUCGGACCAUGACCCCAUCGGGCGGGGGUGGGGGCAGCCUCUCAGACUCCGGCCGGAACUCGCUCACAAGCCUGCCCACCUACAGCUCUAACUACAGCCAGCACGUGGCGCCCCUCAGCGCCUCCACCAGCCACAUUAACCGCAUCGGCACUGCCAGCUACGGCAGUGGCAGCGGCAGUGGCACGGGCAGUAGCGGUGGCGGGUCGGGCUACCAGGACCUGGCCACCUCUGACAGUGGGCGGGCCUCUAGCAAGAGCGGGUCCUCUUCCUCCAUGGGGCGGUCUGGCCACCUGGGAGCGGGCGAGGGCGGAGGAGGUGGAGGCCUGCCGUUUCCGGCCUGCUCACCACCCUCGCCCAGUGCUCUGAUCCAGGACCUCGAGGAGCGGCUGUGGGAGAAGGAGCAGGAGGUGGCCGCCCUGCGCCGGAGCCUGGAGCAGAGCGAGGUGGCGGUGGCCCAGGUUCUGGAGGAGCGGCAGAAGGCGUGGGAGCGGGAGCUGGCCGAGCUGCGGCAGGGCUGCAGCGGGAAGCUGCAGCAGGUGGCCCGCCGCGCCCAGCGCGCUCAGCAGGGCCUGCAGCUGCAGGUGUUGCGGCUGCAGCAGGACAAGAAGCAGCUGCAGGAGGAGGCAGCCCGGCUGAUGCGACAACGGGAAGAGCUCGAGGACAAGGUGGCCGCCUGCCAGAAGGAGCAGGCCGACUUCCUGCCCCGGAUGGAGGAAACUAAGUGGGAGGUGUGCCAGAAGGCCGGGGAGAUUUCCCUCCUGAAGCAGCAGCUGAAGGACUCGCAGGCGGAUGUGUCCCAGAAGCUGAGUGAGAUCGUGGGGCUGCGCUCCCAGCUGCGGGAGGGCCGGGCCUCGCUGCGGGAGAAGGAGGAGCAGCUGCUCAGCCUGAGGGACUCCUUCAGCAGCAAGCAGGCCAGCCUGGAGCUGGCGGAGGGGGAGCUGCCCGCCGUCAAGCCGGCGCUGACCCCCGCGGACCCCGCCGCCGCCGAGCCGCAGGACGCGCUGGCCUCCUGCGAGAGCGAUGAGGCCAAGAUGCGCCGGCAGGCGGGUGUGGCCGCCGCCGCCUCCUCCGUCUCCCUGGACGGGGAGGUGGACGCCGGUGGGGAGAGCGGGACGCGGGCCCUGCGGCGGGAGGUGGGGCGGCUGCAGGCCGAGCUGGCGGCCGAGCGGCGAGCCCGGGAGCGCCAGGGGGCCAGCUUCGCGGAGGAGCGCCGCGUGUGGCUGGAGGAGAAGGAGAAGGUCAUCGAGUACCAGAAGCAGCUGCAGCUGAGCUACGUGGACAUGUACCAGCGCAACCAGCAGCUGGAGCGGCGGCUGCGUGAACGCGGGGCCGCCGGGGGUGCCAGCACACCCACCCCCCAACAUGGCGAGGAGAAGAAAGCCUGGACCCCGUCCCGCCUGGAGCGCAUCGAGUCCACAGAAAUCUGA